UUAAAUUUAAAUCAAGCAAUAUAAAUUAUUAAGUUAUAAUAAAAUAAUUAAAUUUAUUCAGUGCACGUUGACUGCAUAGUAUUCAAAAUUGAAUGUAAUUUUUUUUUUUUCCAAAUAAAUUUUAUUUAAAUUUCGUAAUGUUAAUUUACUGAACGUAUGAGGAGGCUUUUCGUGAUAUUUUGUGAUUGCGUCCUUUGUAAAUGCUACAUGGUUGUUAUAAUAUUGAUUAAUUUUUUUUUUUUUUAAAUUUAAUAAUUAUUAUUAAAAACUCAUUGUUUUAAUAAUAAUUUUUAUUCAUGAUUCUGUUAGAAUAAUAAUUAAAAAAGCAAUAAAUUCCACCGUGUAAUAUUAUGUAUAAUUUUUUUUUUUUUUUAUCAUCUACUCUUGUCAAACUAUAAUUUAUAAAGAAAAAAUAAAAUGUGUAAAAAAUUAAUUUAAAAAAAUAUAAAAUUAUAAAUUAAAAUUGUUUGUUUUAUUAUUUUUUUUUUCAUCAUAUUUUUGAUUGAGUCAGUUGAUUUUGUUGUGAUGAGAUAAUGGAUAAUUGCCAAAAAAAAAAAAAAAAAAACAUUUCUGUCACUUUUGGCUCAUUUAUCAUUUUAUUGUUGAAAUAUAAUUUUUAUUAUCAUUGCCAAAAUUCUAUUUUCAAGUUUAUUUUAACUAUCACUUUUUAAAUUUAAUUUUUUUCGUCGUUGUAAUUUAUUGAUUAUUUUAUUUGAGGCAAUAUGAAGUUAUAACAAUUUUUAAAAUUAAUUCAGUCAAUUUUUAAGUGUCAUUAAGCUAUAAAUGAAUAUUUCCUGUCCUUCAGUGAUGAAGCAGUGUCAACAAAUCAACAUUGACCAAGGCCAAACACUAACCCACUAUAGUUUAACACUUUUUAAAAACUUUCUAUAGCAUUUCUAAAAAACAAAUUAUUUAAUUAACAAAACAAAAUAUACUUGAAAAAAAUUUUGAAAAAACACCACCAACACGAGGAAUAAUUAAAAUUAUUUAACAAAACAAAAUAAAGAGUUAAUGACCUGAUGAUGGUGGUGUUCUCAGGCACGUUCACUGUGAGCUUUUGUUCGUGACAGUCUUACAAUGCAAAUUUUGUGUCCACCCAGAUGUAGAACGUCAGAGAAAAACGCGUACGUUGCGAUAUUCGUUAUGAUAAUGACGCACAGUGGUGACGUUUGUCGCGAUUAUAACCACAUUAAAAACGAUAUAAUAAAAAAAAAUAAAAAAGUCAUUAUAAAGUCUACAUCAAAGUAUAUGCAUAUACAAUUGUAUACGUCAGCACAUUGUCCAUUGUUACUGUUACUAUGAAUUUAAUUUAAUUUUUUUUUUUUUAUUCUAUUGUGAAUCAUAGAAUAUACUGUUGGAAAUUAUAUAUCACUUGAUAAAAAAAUUACUGGUUGAUAUUGUGGACCAUAACACGUGGCUCUUUAGAUUCAUAUUACACCUAUGACCUUCAUGACGUUUGAGAUAAUCCAAAACUCGUAAGCACAACACUACCAACAGCAGCCAGUCUGUUGAAGGCCUUUCAGCACAAAACAUCGUAACGUUUAUAUUAUUUUUUUUCUCACUUGGCAAAACAUCACAAACUCUUGUUUAUAUUAGUCUAAAUGCCACCUCAUCACGUGUUACUGACCUCAGUAUAAUUUUAUUGAAAUAUAAAAAUGACAUUUUAAAUAUUAAUUUGUUAAAUUGUUAAUUAACAAUUGAAGAUAACAAAAAUGAAAAUAUGAAAAGAAAUUAAUAAUAAUAAUUAAUUGAUUCAAUAUAGAAUUUGUAUAGGAAUAUUAAAUACAAAAGAAAAUAAAAUAAUACAGUGAUACAAUGGAGAACAAUUCAAGCUGGUUUGUCGAUAUGACAAAGGGAACAAUUCAAAAUCAAUAUAUUCUUGGUAAUAUUAUUGGCAGAGGAUCUACAUCAACUGUCCACAGCUGUUUACAUAAAGGACACAAAAAAUAUGCUUGCAAAAUUAUUCUAAAGGCAAAGCUUAAACAAGCAGAAACUCGAAGCCGUAUUGAAAUGUUGAUUCAAAUACGUCAUGAAAAUAUAGUAACUGUAAGAGAAGCGUACGAUGACUCCCUACGAGUUUACAUAAUAGAGGACUUGGCUUCGGGUGGUGAACUGCUUGAGAGAUUGGCCUCCUGUGGUGGAUAUUCCGAGCGAGAUGCUGCAAAAGCUAUACACGAUAUUGCACUUGCACUUGAGUAUAUACACAGUAAAAAAGUAAUUCAUGGUAACUUGAAACCAGAAAAGCUUCUGUAUGCAACUGAAAAUGAUGACUCUAGACUGCUACUCACUGACAUUGGGGUUUUAACGAGUUUAACGAUUCCUCGAAAAUUUAUAUACUGCGCACCGGAAAUGAUGUCUACUGAUAAGCCAAGUUCAGCAUCAGACAUGUGGAGUCUUGGCAUUGUUCUCUACAUAAUGUUAUGCGGUUUUGAGCCAUUUCGAAAUACCGAUGAAAUAUUUUCACCAGAUAUUUGGAAUGACAAAACAGAUGAAGCCAAACAUUUAACUGCCUCGUUAUUAAGCAAUUGUCCAGAUGAUCGACCAAGUGCAUCAGAUCUUGUUAAUAAUUCUUGGGUAAAAGGAGAAAAAACAGCUGAGCAUCCAAUGCCAAAUAUUGUAAAAAAUUUGCGGGAAUUUAAUGCAAGAAGAAAAUUUAAAGCUGCUACUUUAGCUGUUUGUGCCACUCACCGUGCAAUUGCACUGUCAAACUGUCACGAAGUUGUUGGCUGACUUUUAAAUUAACCCAUAUAUUUAAAAAAAAGUAAUUAUUUUUAGUUUACAAUUAAUUAAAAUUAAUCAAGUGAUUUUUUAAAAAGUUGAUAGGAAAAUAAAUUAAAAAAAAAAUAUAUAUACACAGUAAAACAUUAAUAAUAUUCAAGUGGAAAUAAUAAUAAUUAGUAAUGAAUUAUAUAAGAGUAUUUGUAAUGAUUUUUUUGACUAUUAAAAUUGUAUAAAAUAAAAUAAUCAAUAAUCAAGAAAAUAAAAUUAAUAAA